GUGACUAUUUCAGUCUAGCUUGCAGUCUUGUGUUGUGCUGUGCAUAUAAGUUCUUGCUGUGAACAGUUUCUGACCUGCUCAGUUUUGGGCUUCUGAGGUACAACAGUGCUUAUGAGUUUUUGCAUUUGAACCAUUACAUAGCAGCUGCAUGGCUGAUAAGGAGGCGACGCCAUGUCCAACAGACAUUUUGGUGGAUAUAGGGGAUGAAUCUGAAGCGUUUGAGAUAAUACAGCCACUUUCUCCAGAGGAAUGCAAUACUAAUGAAGAUCGAUUAUGUGGAUAUUUGGCAAAAGUUAGUCAAGGGGGUUUUAUUAAAGGUUCCAAAACCAGAUGGUUUGUUUUCGACAAAGAAACAUGCUCUUUAAAUUACUAUCGGUCUCCAAAAGAUACUGCAGGAAAUCCACUUGGUUCUAUUCCUAUUUCGAGCUCUGCAUUCACAUGUACUGCAGAUGGAUUACUUGUGAAUUCAUUCCAGAUUAUGCAUGAAACUCGAACUCAUGUCUUGCAGGCUUGUGAUCAAAAAACAAUGCUAUGGUGGUUGCAAGAACUGCAAACAGAAAGAAGAGUUUUCAACACAAAGCAGACUCAGAGAUCUUCAAGUAGAAUUAAACCAAAGGCUGAUACAGAAGCAGAUACAAAUCCUGCUGUUUUAAAUAUUGAUGAACAAAAAUCAUCUGGACUUAUCGACAAAUUUCCUGGGGAAAGUGAAGUGAAAAAUCCAGAACUCCAAGUAAAUCGUGACUGUUUAUCAGUGAUUCCUGUUCUACCAAGGAUUGAGAAUCCACCAGAUACCGUUGGAAUAAAAUCUGCGAACAUGAAUAUAAAACAAGGCUCAAGUGGACUCCCUGGUUUAUCAGAUUUUGGCAACAAAGUCACACAAUUAGGAGAGGGAAUAGCAAAAAUGAGAAUCAAGCCUCCACGUCCUGCUCCACCUGCACCAACCAGUGUGUUUUAUUCGAAACACACCAAUCCAGACUCGGAAGAACAUUUGACAUUGGGUCCCGCUUUAAAGGCAACCAAAAGUACAGAAACAAAAAAUAAAAGGCCGAGGUCUCGCACAACUGCUGGAAUUACCCAUUUGCUUGACAAAAUCCAAACAACCGUUAAGUCAGGUGGUAAAAUUUCCCAUCAUGAUUCUAAGCAUGUAGAAGAAAUUACUGGGACAUUAAACCUUGUCAAAGAAGAAAUUGAACUGAUGAAAACAAGUUUGGAAUCAAAAGAGGAAACAAUUGAAUUAUUAAAGAAGGAAUUGGAUAUGUACAGUUCGCUCACUACAACAAACACAAAACCCAUUCCUACAGUCAGUGAAGAACCAGGAAGUCCAUCUUCACAUCAUCAAAUGAGAUCAGAAAUAACAACAUUGAAAUUAACAAUUGAACAUUUAAGGGAAGAGGUAGAUGAAACCAAGCUUUCUUUCAGACAACAGGAAGAAAAGACAAAAUUAUUCCAAGAAAUGUUGCAAGUCAAAGAUGGUAUUGUUGUGCAAUUGACAAAUGAGUUAUAUGAAAUGGAAAAGUCUUACAAAUCACUUGUGAAUGAACAUGCAAGUGAAGUAAGUAAAGGUAAAGAUUCAGCAUUAACCGAUAAUCCAUCUGCUCAGCAACUAACGGAAAGUUCAUCUUCUCUCGAAAGUGAUAAAACUGCUGUCAGUGGUGAAGCUAUGACCGAAUUCAAAAAACUAAAGGAUGAAGUAGAAGGCUAUCGACUACAAAACAAAUUCUUGAACAAUGAAAUUCUAGAACUCACACACUUGAGAGAAGUUGAUAGAAAUAAAAUGGAUUCUUUACAUGAUAAGAUUCUUCACCAAGAAGCCUUGCAUUGUCAACUCCAAAGCAAAUAUUUUAUUCUUCUUUCUGAAAUGGAUAGAAAUAGAUCAGAAACACUUGUGUAUAGUGCUGACACAGAGAAUCCUCUUCUACAUCAAGAGGAAGGAGGUUCUUCAAAACCAAAUGUUGUCAAGCAACUCAUACAGGAGGCUAUAAAAGAGGGAGAGUGUAGAGCUGAAGAAAUCAGUGCUUCAUUCAAGUCAAGCAAAUAUGACAGAUAUGGAUUCACUCAGGUUGUUGAUGAUGGAGAUGAAUCAACAUUCUUAUCUGCUGCUAGUCGUCUUCAACAGCAUGCCUCCAACAUUGUCAAUUCAAUAGAAGAGCAUGAUGCUACUGUUGCAAAUAAAUGGCAGAAAUAUGUUGCUGAAAACAAAGAGUGGCAAAGAAAUGGUGAAUUCAAAUCACUGGUUCGACUUGGAAUUCCGCAUGAUUUGAGGCAUAAAGUUUGGAGAUAUUUGGUUCAUAUCAGAACUUAUGAACUCAGGCAGCAGCUGAAUGCUGAUGGAACAUACUACACAAGGCUGACAGAAACUACAGUUGCUCCACUGCAUGCUAAACAAAUUGAUUUAGAUUUACUAAGAACACUGCCUAGUAAUAGAUUCUUUGCAUCUAUGGAAUGUGUUGGGAUUCAGCAAUUGAGACGAGUAUUGAGAGCAUACAGUUUACAUAACCCGGGUAUCGGAUAUUGUCAAGGAUUGAAUAGAAUGGCAGCUGUUUCCCUUCUAUAUCUUGGUGAAGAAGAUGCGUUCUGGUGUUUGGUUGCAAUUGUUGAAUGUAUUAUGCCAUCUGAGUAUUAUACACCAACUUUGACUGCUUCUCAGGCAGAUCAGAGAGUGUUCCGUGACUUACUUGCUGAAAAACUACCAAGAUUACAUCGGCAUUUUGAAAACAUGGGAAUCGAUCUUUCACUGAUAACCUUCAACUGGUUUCUUUGCAUCUAUUGUGACAACGUUCCACCAGAAACUAUGUUUAAAAUUUGGGAUAUCUUUCUGAAUGAAAGCUCCAAGGUUUUGUUUAGAUUUGGAUUGGCUUUUUUCAAACAUAUUGAAGAAGAUAUUCUUGAAUUAAAUGAUUACAUGACUUUGUUUAAUUUGUUAAGAAGAAUGAGUCACAGAAUGUAUGAUGCAAGAGUGCUUACACAAAUAGCUUUCCAAGGAAUGAACCCUUUUCCAAUGAGAAAAAUUCGGCGAUUUCGAUUGAUUCAUAUGGAAAAAGUUCAGGCUGAACUUGAGCAACUUGAUCUGCUGAGGAAUGAGUUUGCAAGCCGUAGAAAUAAAGCAUCGUCUAACAGUGAUAUGUAUAGUGAUGAUGAAGGAGAUGAUUAGGUGGAUGAAAACUGGAAAAUAACAUUCAAAGUGACAUAGCCAUUGGUGAAUGUUGUUUCUUCAUUAAUGAUACAAAUUUAGCAAUAAGAUAUCAUAUUUUUAGGCCGUUGUGGGUCUUGUUGCAUAAUAUGUGUUGAAGAUUCAUAGUGCCGGUUAACUUUCGUAUUCACCUAAGUUUCUGUUGAAAAAAGGUCGUUUAAGAAAAAGUAUUUUAUCGGCAGAUUGUGUAUGAUAUGUUCAUUUUGUCACCAUUAUGUAGUGCCGACUGCCAACAUUUGCCAAAAGUAGAUGAAACAUUUGAUUUAGUUUGCUGAGUAACUUUCUUUUACUCGCACUAGUCAUUAAUUGCGUAAGAGAAUUCUAUCCAUACCAAACUCUUCCAAGAUUACAAUCCCGAGUCAUUGUAUUUUAGUGAUUGCAAUAAUGAUAAUAUAAUUUUUAUAUGCAACGGAUGUACAUACAGUGACAUUCCUGUUAUGCACCAAUAUAAAGUAGAAAUUUAGUUGUCCAGCCAGAAAAAUUGUUGCAGUUAUACUUUUGACAUUCUGUUAGUUUUUGUGCAAUAUAUGGCCACAUUUUCCUAUUUCCUUAUAUUAUACCGUUAUUAUUAUACUUAUUACGAUGUUGUAAAAUCAUAAAUAUUAACUGACUCAAAUUGCAUUUAUAAUCUACACAUAUUUCAUUAACUUGAAUAUAAAGUGAAAGAAUCAUAAA